AUGAUUUCUUUUUUUCAUAUGCAUCAGUUGACUUCUUCCAGUUGCUUUCAUUUUCUUUCUUUCGUUGUUUUUCUCUUAUUUUUCUAUCUCUCUUUUUUUCCUUCUUUCUUUUUUUCUUUCUUUGAAUGUUUUCAAUUUUCUGUCUAUCUAUCUAUCUAUCUAUCUAUCUAUCUAUCUAUCUAUCUAUCUAUGGUUGUUUUUCUCCUUCUGUCUGUCUUUCUUUCAUUCUUUUUUUCUUUCGUUGAUUUUUUUUUCUUCUGUCUGUUUGUCUCCUUGACUGUCUAUCUUUCUCUUUUCUUUUCUUUCUUUCUUUCUUUCUUUCUUUCUUUCUUUCUUUCUUUUGUUGUUUUUCUCUUUGUUUCUUUAUUUAUUUGUUUUCUCCCUCAUUUUUCUUUUUUUGCCUCACUUUUCUUUCUCUUUUUUUUGUUUUCCUUUCCUUUUCUCAUGACUUUAAAAUCAUUUAUUAUCCUUCCUUUCGGUUUCAGCAAUUCUUCCUUUCUUUCUUUCUUUCUUUCUUUCUUUCUUUCUUUCUUUAUUUAUUUAUUUAUUUAUUUAUUUAUUUAUUUUUUUUUUUUCAUUCAUACUUAUCAAUUGACAUGUUCCAGAUGUUUUCCUUUUCUUUCUUUCUUUCUUUCUUUCUUUCUUUCUUUCUUGCUUUCUUUCUAG